AUGAAUGAUGAUAAAUUGGAAACAAUUGUACCUUCAUUGGACAAUGAGGACAAAUUGGUAACAAGUCCAACAAUAACUUGUCCUUCAUCAAUAAUAGACAUGACUUUAACAAAUCGUAUAUUUUCAUCAACUAAUAUGAAUUCUUCGUCAAUAUCACCAGUUAAAUCAACUUCUAUUCGACGAACAUUUAAUAUCUGUGAUAUUCUUGCUAAACCAUCAUCAUUUGUUGAUAGUAAUAAUAACAAUAAUACUAAUAAUACUCAUCAACUUCAUCAAUGGAAAUUUUUAAUUGAACAACAAUUACAUUCAGAUGAUGAAAUUAAUGGUUCGAUUAGUGAUUGUGAUAUAUCUGAUGAAUGUUUAUCUGAUAUAGAUGAUAAAAUUCCUGAUGAUGAUUUAAAUGUAUCAAAAUCAUCAUCAACAAGUUCUGAUAAAACAACAAAAGUACGACGACAACGAACAGCAUUUACAUAUGAACAAUUAGUUGCAUUAGAAAAUAAAUUUAAACAAACAAGAUAUUUAUCAGUUUGUGAACGACUUAAUCUUGCAUUAACAUUAUCACUUACAGAAACGCAAGUUAAAAUUUGGUUUCAAAAUCGACGAACAAAAUGGAAAAAACAAAAUCCCGGUCUCGAUGUUAAUUCUCCAACAAUAAAUUCAUCAUCAUCAUCAAUUGGUAUUCAUCCAGCUGCUGCAGCUGCUUAUGUUGCUUCAUUUUAUAAUUCUCAACAACAAAUCAAGGGAUCUUCAUCAACAAAUUCAUCAUAUCGAUUAUUAUCACCACUUUAUGCUGCAUCAUUAUAUGCUAAUGCUCGAAAAUUUACUUGA